AUGCUAAUGCCAAGUGCAAAAAAAUUUGCAGAAGAGUUUGAAAGUAUUAAACCGAAAAUACUUCAGAUUUAUCACGAUGCCUAUCUCAACAUUUCGAACGAUGUGCUGAGAACUUUUGCCAUUAUACGCAAACAAAACCCAACCCGAGGAGUGAAGCGCAUAAAAGACGCUAUACAAGGGAGAGAAAAUCCUUUGAAAGGAAUCAUUGAACCGUUACAGCCUGAUGAUCCGUUCCCUGCAAACAUGAACUUGGACGUACCGGUGCUUUACACUAAACCGAAUUGCGGUACCAUUUUGUGGAAAAAUCGUCGAGUAGACAUAGAUGGGGACAUUUUAAUAAAACAUCGAAUUAUUUUUUAA